GCAAAAACAAGCAUACGGCUAUCCCCAGUAGCACCCCGGCACACAGACCCGACCAGAACGUCACGUCGGGCGCCCCGCGUGCCUAGGGGUAACGUGGAUCCUAUCGUCUCCCUCGUCGCCCCGACACACGUCACACACGAGCGUCGCGCGUCACGUGCCACCUGUGCGUGACUCCCAGCACGUCACGAUGUAAUUCCACGACGGCGGCUAGCACUACUUACCCGCGCGCCGGCGGAAAAACGUCAUUCCGAAGCAGACAAAUUCCGCUCCGCAAAUUUACCGGCGAGUCCUUCAUCCAGCUCUUCGUCAAAUAGACAAGUUCCUGGAUUACGCGCGAUAAAACGACAUGUCUCUUGCCCCCGCGUAAAUCCGGCGUACACACUAAUUGUGAUCUACUCCUAUACAGUGUUGUCAGAUAUUGGACUCGCGCCUUCCUCGAUCACCGACAGAUACCAAGGCGACGCGAGGGUAUAGUCGAGGUGUCGUCGGGUGAUUCAGCCUUCGGGUCGUCGGGAAGUUGGUGAUUGCGACCGCAGACAGAGAGAUAGAGAUAGAGAGUAAGAGAACCGCACGCGUACGUAAUAGUCGGCGAUAAUUGUGCGGAAAUGAACGUGCCGGGAUCAAACGCCGGGGCAAAUCGGUAGCGCGAUGUUCUCCCAGUUCUCGCGAUCGCGGAAUCACGGAUCCCGCUCCCGGGGACGUUCUGCAGUUCUCGGAUAGUUACAGAGGCACGAGAGCAACCGGCGGGCACUAUUCAUCGAAAAGUUUGAUGCUUACGCGCGAAAUUGAAACUUGGCCCGCUCUCGUCGACGACAACGGUCGUUUUAGGAUAGCGCUAGAUUUGAAACGUUUUAUGGGAUCGGAAACCCGCGUGUUCCUCGGCGUUCUCUCUUCCUCUCUGUGUCCCGUUCCCGUUCGCUGCCGUCGCGAAACUUUCCCGGACUUUUUCGCAACGCGCGGGUUCGCGUCACGGAACUGGAUAGUCAUUAGGACGUUAUCAUCGCCGAUGUCAGUCGAAACUUCGUCCGGCUGUCGAUAAUUCACGUGGGAAUCGUCCGCGAUCGUGGCUUCGUAUCUCGUGUUCAGUCGCGCCUUUAAUAACCGCAUCGCGCGUGGUGAUUGAUCGUUUCCCAGUUUCUGAAACGGGAAACCGGUAUUGUAACAUACGUGAGUGAUUAGCGGCCAGAAAUGAACGUUCCUUCGAUUAUCGCUCACUCGUCGGCUCGUUCAACGUGUUAUUACUGGACAGAUUGGGCUUCUCCUGAUGCCGACUCGGGUGUACUGUCCUGGCGCGGCCGAAAUUCACGUCCUCGUCGAACGUGAGGGUUGAGUGGUGCCGCGAAUUCGUCCCGAGGAGUUAAACACGCACUUUUCGCACGCGGGUUCCCGUGACUCUCGGCUUCGUCACGAGCGAGCGCGAGGGCGUGCAGUGCGGGGGUGGCCCUCAUCUGUUGACGCGUUCGCGAGGGUGAAUCGGUGCGGAGCGUGUUUCGGACAAUACAGAUUAUUCCGGGCACGAGGACCGGAUGCUACGCCGAGCGGCCGGCGGGACGUGGAUUUACACGCCACGCUCAGCUGGAAAGGGAGAUAGAGGGACUCUGACCGCUCUCGCUGAUUUUUCUCUUUGGCUUCUCCCCUUCACGUUCGGUAAAUAAAUUUUCGGAUUGGAUGGUGGAAUAUUAGACCGCACGUUUCCUAAGGUAACGGACAAAUCUUAUCGUAACAAGUUGUUUAUCUGCGAGCACUGGCAACAGAUGGAGUAUUUUUCGCCUUCUCUUUCGUCCUGAGCGUUGAGCCUGUGUGCAUCUAUUGCCUCUGCCUCUUCACAUCUCUAAUUCUGUCAGACCGAAGCCUGCCUUUCAACGUCCAAAGCCGGCCUGCUCCGCACGCUCCAGCGUCGUCUUCCUAACUUUCUUAUUCAAGAUGUUUUGAGAGCAAUUUAACUUGGACUCCGGUCGAAGGGUGCCGGUUCCGGAGCCGCCGGCGCGGAGGUAGUUAAGAGCUGAAUAAAACGCGCGGAAGGAAAGUGACUUGGGCCGAAACGUAAUGCGGGAAUACGGCGGAGGAGGGAGAGGCGGGGGAGGAGAAGAAGCGGUUCGCGGGACGUCGUCGUCGUCGUCGUCGUCGUCGCGGGCGAAUUAAAGUGGUCUCCCGGAAGUCCGCCGUCGGAGUACCCCGGCACUCUCGAGACCACCCGCCCGGACUCAUCACGAGAUACCACGGCCGGCUGGCUCGGCUGUCCACCGACGACCAAGGUCGCCGUACGGUUAUGCUGGUGGCGUCGCUGCAGGUGGCCGCCAGCAAAUGCUGUCAUGCCGCUACCAUGCCAGCCGGCGGCCCGGGGCCGGCCGCUGGUCACGACCUGGUGGUGCCGCCUGAUCAGGUUCGACCGUUGGUCCUCGCCCGUGGGACGGCUCGCGCUCCUGCAUCUGAUUGUGAUCCUGCUGAUCCUGGCCGACGGCGGCCGCGCCGCUUCCUCGCAGCCCGCGACCCGCUACGCCUCGCGCAUCGUCGAGACGAAGAGCGGACAAAUACGUGGAAUACUUCAGGAUUUGAACAGUCGGCACUUGGACCCCGUGGAGGUGUUCCGCGGGAUACCCUACGCCGCGCCUCCGAUCGGAGAUUUGAGAUUCCGACCGCCGAUCUCGCCGAUACCUUGGAGCGGCGUCAAGCUGGCGGACACCUUCGGCGCGGUGUGCCCGCAGAAUUAUCCGGAUCUCGUCAAUAGCACCGCCGCGCUCUUGCAAAUGCCGCAGGGCAGGUAUCAGCAGCUCAAGAAGAUGGUCGCCUUCCUGGCCAACCAGAGCGAGGACUGCCUCUUCCUCAACGUGUACAUACCCGGAAGUGGAUCCCGAGGACUGGAGGCGCCGUACGCGGUGAUAGUGUACGUACACGGCGAGAGCUUCGAAUGGGGAUCGGGCAACUUGUACGACGGAUCGGUCCUGGCAAGCGCCGGCCACGUCAUAGUGAUCACGCUCAACUAUCGUCUGGGUAUCUUAGGAUUCUUGAGGACUCGUCCGUUCGCCGACCGAACGAGCGGAUCCGGCGGGAAUUUGGCUUUAAAGGACAUCGCGAUGGGACUCCGCUGGGUGCGUGAAAACAUCGCCGCCUUCGGCGGCGAUCCAGCGCGGGUAACUCUAAUGGGCCAUGAUACCGGAGCGGCGCUGGUGAAUUUACUAUUGCUCGCCCCUUACAGCAAAGGAUUAUUUCACCGUGUGGUAUUAUCCAGCGGCUCGGCACUAAGCCCCUGGGCCUCGGUGCACGAUCCGAACGAUCUCAGGGCGAAGGUCGGCGAGCAGAUGGGCUGCUCGACCGAGGCCGACGAGGACAUAGCCGACUGCCUCCGAGGAGUACCACUGAAGACCCUCAUCGGCGUGCAAUUACCGGAAAUCAGAUUCGUGCCUCGCAUCGGGCCCGGCAUGCCGGUGGACCAGAACAACCCGGACCCGGGCCUGGACAUGGAGCGCGCGAGCGACGCGUUCAUCAAGGUGCCGCUGAUCCUGGGUGUCUCCACGACCGAGUCGAAUCUCGACUUCAACAACAACGAUAUACAAUUCGGUUUCGAGGAGGACCAUCGGAAUCGCAUCCUGCGCACCUUCAUCCGCAACGCCUACGUCUACCACCUGAACGAGAUCUUCUCGGCGGUGAGGAACGAGUACACGGACUGGGAUAAGCCGGUGCUUCACCCCAUCAUAAUACGGGACUCGACCAUGGAGGCGUUGAGCGAUGGCCACACGGUCGCGCCGCUCAUGAGGAUCGCCUUCUACCACGCCAGGCGGGGCGCCAAGACGUACUUUUAUCAUUUCAAUCAUCAGUCCAAGGACAGCGGCUACGUGCAGCGGCUGGGGAGCGUUCGUGGGGAGGACAUACCGUAUAUUUUCGGGCUACCGCUGGUGGCAGGCGGGGCCUUCUUCCCGCGGAAUUAUUCCCGACAAGACCAGGGCGUUGCGGAGGCCGUACUCACCUUCUUCACCAAUUUCGCCAAGACCGGUAACCCGAACGAGCCGCACAAGAUCGAGUCGGUCGACUACGGCACGCCGAAGGAGAAGACGCGAUUCCGCGGUCUCACAUGGGAACAAUAUGAGACAGGAUCUCAGCAGUAUCUCACGAUAGCGUUGAAGCCGAAGAUGAAGAGCCAUUAUCGCGGUCACAAGAUGGCCGUGUGGCUCAAUCUGAUACCGCAACUCCACCGUCCUGGCGACGAUGACGUCUCCAUGCGGCAUCAUCACUUCCGGGAACGAGGCGAUCAUUACUACGCAGGACCGGUUCGGGACGAAUGGUACACGCCACUGCCGCUGACAGGUACGACUAGAACGAGCUCCUCCUCGACCACCGCCUGCAGCACGUCCACCUCCGGCGAGGACAGCCUCAUCGAGGACAAUACCCCGAUUCUGGACGAUUCCGAGGACGAUGCCGAGCUGCUGCAGAGACUGGCGUCGCGCAACUACUACAGCACAACCACCGCGCUGGGGAUCACCGUGGGCGUCGGCUGCAUCCUCCUGGUUCUCAACAUGCUGAUCUUCGCCGGCAUUUAUUACCAGCGGGAUCGCGACAAGAAGCGCGCCGCCAUGGAUUGCAGACCGAACGGCCAGGAGUCUCUGCCGAUGACCACCAGGACGGCGAUGAAGCCUUCUGACAAUCCGCGACCCACUCAGGAGCCACCCCCUUCGUACACGACCCUCGCGAGAAGUCCCUCCGUCCAGGAACAGCACUCCCAGGACAGCCAGGACAGCGAGCAGUUGAGGAAAGACCCGAGAUCCGGUCACGGGACCAGCGGCAACGCCCACAAGGACGCGAUCCCUCCGAAACCACCUGCCAGGACCACCAGUUCGCUCACCACUGCCGGCAACACCAACACCAUCAAGAAACGCGUGCAGAUACAAGAGAUAUCUGUAUAGCAUUAGGGGUUGCCCCCCGAGGGCAACGCGCGGACGAAGAGGGUGACCUUCGUAGAGGCGGAGAGGGCCACCGCGGAGUCCAGAUUUUGAACAGUGUUACCUUAAUCGAUCGUCGGACAGUGCCGAUUAAGGAAAUCUCUUCUUAUUUAUCGCGGUUUGUACGCCGAACCUAACUCGAAAUUAACAGGACUCGUAACACGGAUAUUUUACAGUGUGCAUUGUGCGUGAAUUGUGAUGUCGAAUAAUCAACGUACGGGACGGCGCGCCUGACUAUAGCCGACCCGUUACUACUGAAAAUGGUCGAUUAUCACCAAUUGUUAUUACAUGCGGCGCGGGGCCGCGGCUGACUGUAACGCGAUCACGCUAUUAAACUGUUAUUACUGCUGGCUUGCGCCUGACUGUUACUACUUAAGAAAACUACUUUAUGACUGGUUCUUUCUACUGGUAGAAAUGUAAGAUUGCACGUUGUGGUCGUUAUUUCUAAUAGAGACGUGGAUUAUAGGUAGUUGCUACUUAUAUAAAGAGACGGGAUAUUCUUUGUUGUUUUUAAGAAAGUAAUCGCUGAAAUACGCGCGUCAUAACUCGCGGCUACGUUAAGUACAGGGACGGGAAGUAACGUGUUACGAAUAACGCCGUUACUGCUAUUUUGUCUAUAAUAACGAUUUGGUAAUUAGAAUCUUUUAUAACGGUGGGGGUUGAAAUAGUUUUAUGAAAAAAAAAAAACUCAUUUCACAUGAUAAGUAAGAAAUCAAAGUAAUGCAUUAAUAACAUCUUUUUUUCAAUGAAUAAUGUUAGCAAGUUACUUAUAUCAAAAGACUAUUCAAACCUUGGCGUUAUAAUUGCCAUUAUAAAAAAUCGUAACGUCAUUACCACAUCGUUAUUAUUUAAAAAAUGAGUAUUAGCAAAAGAAUAAAAAUGACGCGUUAGUUGUAAUGACUCUCAUCCCUGAUUAAAUAUAUACCAGGUGCUCAAAAAGUAUUUUAUUCAAAGGACUUUUGCAAUUGAAGAUAUCGACACGAUCCCAUAGAGCACAAAAAAAGCUUGCCGCAACAUUGCAAAGUAAUGUUGUAAAAACAUUACAAAGAUUUGUUUGCAAUACUUUUUUAAUAAUGUUGCAGCAGCGUUUAAAAAAUGUUAUGAAAAAAUAAGAUCCUAUUUGUUUAAUCGUAUCACCGCUGAAAUUAACUGCCAGACGCGGCGAAGUUCGACCUUUCAUAAUUAAAAACCGCACAAAAAAGCGCAACAUUAUGAGAUUUUCCACUUACUUUUCACUUAAUUAUAAUAAAAUAAUUCCGUGAAGGGACGAAUCCUCAAAAUUGAGUUAAAAAUGAAAAUAAAUAAAAUAUAUUAACUGUAAAAUUUUUUGUUCUUCUGCGAAAAUUAAUUCAGGAACAUAAUUUCUUAUAAUAGAACAAUAUUCCUUAUAAUGAAAUCUGUUAAAUAUUAUCAAACACGCCAGAAAACAUAUUCUGUUGUAAUGAUGCUGCAACAUUUUAAAGAUGUACAUUUUACAGUUGCUGCAAUGUUGCAGUCUUGCAAUGAAAUAUUUCUGCAAGCUUUCUGUGCUGUACGGGAUGUUCUUCCAGCCAUUUAAUUCAUCGGAAUAAAUUCUGAUUCUCUCAGAGACCGUGGCAGCUAGGUGGCCUUAAAUAUUACUACGUCAAAUAUAAAGGAAACGUGUCGAUAUCCUUGAUAUCACAGAAAAGAGCGCCUGACGAAAAAUUAUUGAGGCGAAACAUAUAAUGAAAUUCUUACGAAAGAACAUUAAAUUGAAUUCUCCGCUAAAAAGCAAUUAUACGCGUAAGAAUACCGUGUGCAGAUCGAUGCAUGCUAAUCGACGAAGAAGACUACGACGACGACGUCGAAUCUGAUCUAAGAAAUCUCGAAACGGAAUCGGAAUACCAGAGCCAGGUACACGAUCGCAUACCAUCGUCUCGACGACUGCUUUGUAAAGCAUUGAUUGGGAGGAAGAGGCACUCGAUUUGAAGCGGAUCAAACGGCUCGGAUGCGAUAAGCGUUCGUUAUUCGGAGCGCUAUUCGCGAGCGAAACGAAUACGGUGUACGAAAGCACCAUCCGUAAAAUGAAAGUGCACUUGUCGUUCGUUUCCACCCUUGUGACGCGCAGCCCGAGCUACAUCCCUCGAAACGUGUAAUUUCGAUUCCUUGAUUUGAGGAGAACGGCUUAAUAGCGCUCGCGAGUGCUCGCGAGGCUCCACUCGGGCGGAAAGCGCAAUUCUCCAGCCGCGUUACUUGUCGCGCGAGUGCACAAUCACAAGUACAUUCGAUGGGGUAAAGCCUCGUGGAAACGGCAUUGGGCCGAACAUUUCGCGACUUUCGAGAGCCGACUCGAUCAAGAAACUGGAUAUAGAGAAUAGCCCGACAGUCAUAAGUAUCGUACUCGCGGCUAGAGCUCCUCGUAUGAUGAUAUACGCGCGCCGUAAAAGCAUUUUCUCAUCCGUGAGCCUUGAGACUUCGUUGCUUGACAACGCAAUCUUGUAAAUCCUCUUCCACUUUGACAUGCAAAACAAUAUAUAAGACAGCGUUAACAUCAGAAGAAAAUAAUAAUCGAGAUAUUGGAUGUAUUUAUAUUUUUAUUUAAACUGUUUGAAUUAAUGUUACAGAAUUAAGUACAUAGUAAUUUUUAACUUUAAGUUCAAGUUAUUUACAUGUAUAUAUAUAAAAACAAAAAGUGUGAAAUGUCGAGAUGAACCUUGCUUAAUGACCCUUUAAUUCUUUCAAACCAAAAUUUAUAGAAUAAUAUCGAUAAAUCCUUCAUAUGUAACAUUUCUAAACUGAGACUAUUGCCAAGAUCGAAUAACUGCUCAAAAAACGUAAUGAUAAAAAAAGUAAUUUCUCUUAAAGUAGUAUUAAAGCUCACGACUUGUAUGGAACUUUCCUUCUAUCUCUUUCUCUCUUUCACGACCAAAUAUCCUAAGACGCGAUCGCGCUCGUGUUCACAGAGAUACAUUUUGUCUUUGUAGAGAGUUGUUAAUCCUGAAUUAAUAUUCAUGACCCGAGAUCGCUGAGACUACUAGGCUCCACACAGAUACCAAGUUUUGAAAGUCAUCCUCGUUAUUGUUUGCAACUAAACCAAUCUGCAGGCGAAAAUAAAGCGCUUCUCAGGAUAUAAUAAAAUAUAUUUAUUAGUUAUAAUAAUAUCGAGUAACAAAAUCAAUAUGAAAAGCGGGAAACAUUUCAAACACAAUCACCGAUAGAUUUUUGUUCAAGACGCUUCUGUCACGUUUGUAUUUUGAUUCUUGAAAUUGUGGCAAGAUUGUAAGAAAUUCAUUCGUAUAUAAUGAUAAUACAAGAACUGAAUUUCCUAACAAUGUAACUGUCCUAGAAGAAAUCUCAAAACUUUUUCCAUCUAAACUGAGUUUUAAGAUCAUAUUGAAGACUGUUAAAAAAAAACAAGAUUUAUCUAAUCAAUUACGUACGACUCCUCGGCACAUGAAACUAUACAUAUGUAUCAAUAUGAUUAAGAAGGUAAAACUGUAAGUACCAUGUAGCGUAUAAUAUGCACAGACUCGAUGUCGCGUAAAAUCGUAUUGCCGACUACAAUAGUUUUAAGUACGUGCAUACGUCAUUACGUGUAAUUUUUCAAAGCAACUGUUCGCGGAUGAUCUUUAACACGUUGUGAUACUUGCGUGAAGGUAGUAUUGACGCACGUAAAACGACAGUGAAAUUUAAUUACGUGUUAUAGUCUAGAGAAACCAAUUUGUAAAUUUCACUGUACAACAAUAAAUGCCAAUUUAUAAAGA